AUGGCGGAUGACGGAAUGUCAAUCGUCCCCUACAGCUCAUCUAACUCCGAUGUCGUGCUACGCCAUAAUGAUUCCGUCGUCGUGUUUGAUCGGGAUUCUCAGCAGCUGGUCCUUCGGAAUGCUUCCGAAAGUGAUGCUAAUCUGGACAUAGCCGAUUGUCCCUACUGUCAUCGGCCCCUGCGAGAUGCGAGUGGGGGACAAGAAGACCAUCAUGGAAAUCCAGCAGCGCAGCCGGAGUUUAUCAAUCCGAAUUAUUUCCGCAUGCUCCAUAACAGUUUACCCAGCUCUGCAAGCUCUUCCAGUCCUCCCUCGCCGCGCAGGCGUCUAGUUCAACCUGCGCUCCCGGAUGGUCCAGCCGAUGAUUCUACUGCCACCGGCAAUUCCUCUCAGGGCAUUUCUUCCGCGGCAUUCAUUCCCGAUUACUUCAAGAAAUUUUUUGUUGAGGAAGGCGUGCUUGGAAAGGGCGGUAAAGGCGUAGUGUUGUUGGUGAAGCAUGUCCUGGAUGGCGUCUCGCUUGGUCAUUAUGCCUGCAAGCGUGUGCCCGUCGGCGAUGACCACGAAUGGCUGGAGAAGGUCUUGGGCGAGGUGCAGCUGCUACAGCAUCUCUCGCAUCAGAAUCUUGUCUCCUAUCGCCACGUCUGGCUGGAGAAUGCGAAAAUUAGCACGUUUGGCCCCAGCGUGCCGUGCGCCUUCAUCCUUCAACAAUACUGCAAUGCCGGUGACCUUCACAACUACAUCUGUGGCUCAGUUCAGACGUCCGCCACGGCUCAGCAGUUGAAGGAUCGCCUGAGGAGAAAGUCUCGGGGUGAACCAGACCCACCCAUGGACCUCAAUCAGCCACGAAAGCUCAAUUUUGACGAGAUCUAUUCUUUCUUCAAGGACAUCACUUCAGGGCUUCGGUAUCUCCACGUCAAUGGCUAUAUUCAUCGCGACCUCAAACCGAACAACUGCCUGCUACACAAAACUAGCGAUGGUAUACGUGCGUUGGUCAGUGAUUUUGGCGAGGUCCAAUCUCAGGACGCCAAGCGUCUUUCGACCGGGGCAACAGGAACAGUGUCCUACUGCGCGCCGGAAGUUCUACGGCGCGAGUAUCCAGAUGGGCCGUUUGGGAACUUCACUUUCAAAUCAGACAUCUUUUCCUUGGGGAUGAUCCUAUAUUUCCUGUGCUUCGCACAGCUCCCCUACUCUAAUGCGGACCUCAUCAACGAAGAGAAGGAGGAUCUCGACCGGCUUCGUGAAGAGAUCAGUCAAUGGGCCGGGUUCGAUGAUGCCCGAAGGAUGAGGCCUGAACUGCCUGAACAGCUCUACAUCUACCUUGCACAUUUACUCUCUGUCGAUCCUGAUCAGCGCCCAUCUGCGGACGAGGUCCUGGGUGGUCUACAAGCUGGGGCGACUCCAAAUGAUACCCUACGCUCUAGACGAUCCAGUGCUUCUAGUCCGAACUCUAGAAUCCAUACUGUGGAUAAUCCUACUACACAAUCAUUCUCCAGGGUCCCUCGGGCGUCCAGAAACUUUUCUCGCAGCCCUGUGGCUGUGCGACGAAACACUCAGUAUGACCAAGCCAGAGACAGUCUCACUCCUGUCGUGGAAGAUUUUGAUCGGGGCUCCGAAAGACGGGUGUCUCUUGGCUCCGAGCGCGACUUGAUUAUUCGAUCCAGAUAUUCCGGCACUCCAUCCUUAUCUCCGGCUCGGACUGAGCCUUCUUCGGAAGUACAUGCGACGCGCCCCCCUCUUCCCCAACUUCUUCCCCCGCCUCCCAGCCGAUUCUCGCUGGCGCGACUUAUCCCAAGAUCUCCGUCAUAUUGGGUGAUUCCGCAACCUGCGAUGCAAAUCGGGCUUUUCCUUGCCAAGGUUGUCUCGGCUUUUCAGCCUUGUACGCCCCUUGCCGUGAAUCCGUGGGUAUUCUACCCGUUAUUGUUGCUCGCAGCUGUGACCAUACGUACACGAAGUCUUUUGGUACAGUCGGGCUUCCUUGUGUUGCAUAUGGUUGUCGUCAGUUUCUGCAUGAAGUGGGGGGUUCUUUGUUUGUGGCAGCAUACGAUGUUCUUACGAUGA